UAGUUGAUGUACGAUCCUUACAUCAACUAGCCAUCUGGGUCCAUGAUGUUAUUAAUUUUACCGUACCUCACCGUAGUUCCUUGCGUCGGGUCCUUCUGUCAGAAAUUGCGGGUGUAGGUGGUGAGGCAAGACGCUGUAUACCGAGGUGAAAAUGAAUGAUGGUGUUUAAUUGUGAAAAUAGGGCACAAAAAUACUCCAAAGUCCAAAUCCCAGGCAGCACUGCUGAGCGGAAGACAAGGGCUCAACACAGGUAUGACUGGUACAGGAAUGGACAGCUUACGACUGAUAUGAGACGAGGACCCGACGGAGACGUAGAGACACAGGUUUCUGUUUCAGAUAAAAGUUUUUCUUGUUGGAAUAUAUCAUGGGAGUGGAUCUGGGACGGGUUAUUUUAGAGGAACAGAGACAAGACUGAAGCUGUUCAUCAGCGACGGCUCUACAUCGACACAACUUAACCUAUUGUAAGGAACAUGUCCAAAACAAAAGGUUCAUGGGUGAAGAUGGGAGAGGCUAAGAAGAAGAAAUGUGAUCAGAAAACAGUUGAAGAUCCAGAAGACGUUACCAUUUUGCUCAUUGGCAAAACUGGAACAGGCAAAAGCUCUGUGGGAAACAUCAUUGUGAACGCUAAUGAUUUUGAAGUUGGCAAGAAUACACUGGUGUGCAAGAAGAAAAGACAUCCCCUGCCUGAUGGCCGUAGAUUGGCAGUGAUCGAUACUCCAGGUCUGUUUCACACCAAACUGACAGCUGAGGAGAUGAAGACACAGCUGACUAGAUGUGUCUCGUUGUGUGCUCCUGGUCCUCAUGUGUUCCUGAUUGUGAUCGAGCCAAAACGUUUCUCAAGAGAAGACAAAGAGAUGGUGAAAAUGAUCAAGAGGAUGUUUGGAGAUGGAGCAGCUAAAUAUACCAUGGCAUUGUUCAGUCAUGGAGAUGAAAUGGAGAGAGAUGGAGUCUCGGUAGAAAGAGCUGUGUAUUUCAACCCAUCUUUCAAUGAUUUUCUCAGCAAAUGUAAAGGAGGUUUUCAUGUUUUUAACAACAACAAUGACGACAGGAAUCAAGUUAAUGAGCUGGUGGGGAAGAUUGACAAUAUGGUUCAGAGAAAUGGAGGCAGGUGCUACACAAAUGAUAUGUUCAGAGAAGCCCAAAGAGCCAUUAGUCGGGAGAUUUCUCAGGCUGAAGUAAAUAGAGAGACAGCAGAGAGAAACAACUCGUUUAUUCGAGCUGUUGAUCGAGCUGCUGCAGUUGCAGCCGCUGCUGAAGCUGCUGCUGAAGCUGCAGCAGAGGCCGCUGUUGCAGCCACUGCUGAAGCUAUAGCUGCAGCAGCGGCUGAAGCUAUUGUUGAAGCUGCUGUUGGAGUGGCAGAUGUUGUGAGUACAGUCACAGCAGUGAGAGAGGAUGGAUGCGUAACUCAGUGAUAAUCAUCCGAUUAGAAAUAGUAGAAAUAGUAGCUGUUAGUGAAUAGUAAUUAUUAAUUACAUAACAGAUUAAACACUUUUAGUAUAACCUUUACAUUAAAACACAAUAUGUGAUUUGCUAUUUAAAGACAAUGAUUAACAUUGUCUUGGUUUGUGAUCUGCAUAUUUAAUCUAAGAGAAUAAAUUUGUUGUAUUGUUAAUUUAUUUAUUUUAGUUUGUUGUCAACAAUAAAUUCAAAAGAUGAUUUUUAUUAACUAAUAUAUACAAAGUGAUUUGGAAUAUAUGGCAUGUUCUUUACUUUGUGUUCAUAAUAAAUAUUUAUACACUUUAUUCAAUUCUGUUUGGUAAGU